AAAAGCAAAAACACGUGUGGAUGUGGACUUAAGAAUAUUCAAUUGUGUUAAAUUGAAAUAAAAGCACAGAAAACAUGAGCAAACAAUUGUUCGACGAGAGUGAUGAUAACUCUGAAAAAGGAUUUCAAAUAAACACAAAUGAGAGCUAUGCAAAGACAUACAAUCAUUUGAGAAAGAAAGAAUUGUUGCAGAAAUUUAAAGCCAAAGGUUUAGAGGCUUCCGAUUCGGAGUCUUCCAGUGAAGAGUCUUCGGAAGAAGAUGAGAUAUUGGAUCCAACAUUUGAUCAAGAAUUUUUGAGUACUUUGGCCUCAUUGAAAAGUAAAAACCCGAUAAUUUACGACAAAAAAGUAAAAUUCUUUGAGAAAGUCAAUAACGAUCCAGAUGACAAAUCGGACGAAAAAGAUGAAAGUGUCAUUGAACCAAACUGGAAAAAGAAAGAAAGGAAGGCCAAGCCCGUUACUCUUAAGGAUUACGAAAGGAAAGUUAUACUAGAAAAGGGAGGGAAAUUUGUUGAUGAUUCAGAUGAAGAAGAUGAAAAUAAAUCGAGGUUUAACCGGAGUGGCUCUCCUUCAAUGGCCGAAGAGGAACGCCGUUUAAAGGCCGAAUUCCAGAAAGUAAUGAAUGAUGAAGACUCAGGCGAUGAAGAAUUUGGUGGGAUUUUUAAGAAACGGGAAAAAUCGAAAGUGGAAAGAGAUGCUGAGCAGGAGGACUACUUACAAUGGCUUGCUGGAAAGAAGGAAACCAUUAAGGAAGAUGCAAAAGAGAAACUGAAACCCUUGAAAAACUACUGGAGUAACGAUAAAUUGCCUUCAAGUGAAAAAUUCCUUAGGGACUACGUAUUAAAUAAGGGAUACACCGAGGCAGAGAAUUAUGCCGAUAUUCCAACGUAUGAAGAAAUCGUUGGUGACAAUGCCCCCCUGUCAGAGGAUGAAGUAGAACUGGAAAAACAAGCUGAAUUCGAACAAAAGUAUAAUUUUCGCUUUGAGGAUCCGGACCAAGAAUUUAUUAAAAGAUAUCCCCGCACCAUAGAGUCUUCAGUGCGAAGAACUGAAGAGAAGCGAAAGCAGAAAAGACAAGAACUGAAAGAACGUAAACAACAAGAGAAACAAGAAAAAAUGAAGGAAUUGGAAAUGGUAAAAGAAAUGAAGCGUAAAGAAAUACAGGAAAAAAUUGAAAAAUUAAAAACGGUCACCGGAAAUGAUCAACUGGGAUUUAAAGACGACGAUUUGGAGGAGGACUUCGAUCCAGAGGUCCAUGAUCGCCGCAUGCGCGAGUUGUUCAACGAUGAAUACUAUGAAGUCGAUGAGGGCGAGGAGAAGCCAGAGUGUCCAUCCGAUAUGGAGGAAUUGAAAGUUGAAGAUUGGGACAAUUACGAUCCUCAGCAAGAUUGGCAUGAUGAUGUGCAGGGGGACUACGAACCGCAUUGUGAAGAUGAAGAUUUCGUAAUGGAUUGUGAUUAUGAUCCGAAUAAAGCUAAGGAAGAACUACAGAAGGAACUUAUUGGAAAUACCAAAACAAGAAAAGGUCGCAAAGGGCGGCGUGAUCGUUUUAUGGCUAUGAUCAAAUCCGAAAAGCCCGUAUUUGAUCCUGAAGAUGAAAAAACCUAUGGAGAAUAUAUCGAUGAAUAUUACCAAUUAGAUUGCGAAGACAUUAUUGGCGAUUUGCCAUGCCGUUUCAAAUAUGUAGAAACAACACCCAAUGAUUUUGGCCUUACAAUAGAGGAGAUACUUUUGGCAAAAAAUAAAGAACUUAAUCAGUGGGCUAGUUUAAAGAAGGCUACACAAAUAAGACCAGAUCAUGUGGAGAAAAAGGAACAACGUCUGUAUAAGCUGAAAGCCAAAAAUGAAGAAUUGAAAAGGAAAAUUUUCAAAAGUUUAUAUGGGGAAGGGUCUGACAAUGAAAACGAGGAUGAAGUAGUUGAAAGUGUUGCUGAAGAGAAGGCGGAAGCUAAUACUGAAAACAAUAAAACGAAUGAGCUAGGGGAAACAAAGAAGGCGAAAAAGAGAAGAAAACGUAAAGCCCAAAAUGCAUUAGUAGGCGCAAACAGCCCAGCUGACAAAAUCACUGCUACUACUGCAUGCGAUGAUCCCAAGGAAGAAUCUGUGGCUAAAAAGACAAAAAUGGAAGAGCAUUCGGAAAAAAGUGAAGAAGCUAUAAAAUCAGCAGUUGAAACAGAAGCCAGCAAGAAAAAGAGAAAAAACAAAGAGAAAAAGAAAUCACAGCACGAAGACAAGGUGGCCAAUGAUGGUAACAUUCCAAAUGGAAAUUCACAGAAAUCUGAAAAGCAACCCAGCAAUAGCCAAAAACCACACCCCGCUGCGUAUGAAAACAGAACACCAUCAAAAAGCAAUAAUCCAUUUGCCAAAAGCGAUAAGAAAACUCAAAAUUCUUUUACACAACAUAAACCCAGUUCAAAAUCUAAUCCUUUCAGUCAGAGUCAUGGAACAAAAUUCGAAUCAAGGUCAUUGCCACCUCUACGCCAAAACCAAUCAGCAAAAAGUAAAACAUUUAAUAAGAAAUUUAAGCCCAAAAUAGGUGGUAGUAAAAAACCUUUUAAUAACAAGAGAAUUUGCAGCACUGGUGAAAAUGGAAAAAAUAUCAGUGAUGAACGUUUGAAGGCCUAUGGAAUCAAUCCCAAAAAAUUCCACAAUAAACAAAUGUAUGGUGCAAAAAAUAAACAACAAAAUCAAGAUUAACUUUUAACUGUAAAAUCUUAAUUGUAAAUAAACUGUAAUUUCACAAUUUUUAAUAAACAUAAGGUUAUUGUAUUUAUUAUUAGAAUAAUAAAUAAGUAUCUUUAAGAAACGAA